AUGGAGUCCAGCCAGGAAUCCUCGCUCUUCCUGGUGAAGAUAUUGGAGGAGCUGGACACGAAGCAGAAUACUGUCUCUUACCAGGAUCUCUGCAAGUCCCUGUGUGCAAGGUUUGAUUUAUCCCAGUUGGCCAAGCUCAGAAGCGUGCUGUUUUACACUGCUUGCCUGGAUCCUAAUUUCCCAGCGACUUUGUUCAAAGACAAAAUGAGAUGCACUGUAAACAAUCAGCAAUCAAAGAAAAUCAUGGUUGCAGCAGAUAUAGUAACAAUAUUCAACCUCAUACAAAUGAACGGGGGAGUGGCCAAGGAGAAGCUUCCAGUUGCAAGGCACAAAGUGAAGAAGAAGGAGUCCUUUGAGUCCUGCAGGUCUGACACAGAGAUCUGCAAUAUGGCAGAGUGUGUGCCUGACUGUGUGCCCAACUGUGAGCUCAACGACCAGGACUUUAACCGGGGCUUUCCAGUCAGAAGGUCUUCGAAAUGCAGAAAGAUGGACUGCAAAGACUGCCAGCAGUUCGUCCCCUCAUCAGAGCCCAACUUCUUGCUCGGUGUUAAUAAGGACGUGAAGGGCCGGGCUGCCUCUCUGGACAGGCUGCAGGCACUGGCAUCCUACUCCAUCGCCACGUCCCCGCCAUGUGAGAUGCAGAGUACGUACUUCCCCAUGAACAUUGAAAAUGAGUCUAUUUCAGACCAGGAUUCCUUGCCUAUAAGUGCAGGCAUAAAAGAAACUUUCAUUUCAAAUGACGAGCCAUUCAUGAUGCAGUCGUGUGUCCAGAAAAGAAAUAUAUUCAAAGAAGAUUUUCAUAAUCUGAUUACAAUAUCUCCUAACUUAAUACCAUCCAGCAAAACACCAGAAGAUGGACACAGAGAGCCUCAGAACAGGAAAGAAAGCUCUAAGCAGACUUUCUUCAACCACAGCUUUGAAAUGCCAUACAGCAGCCAGUACUUGAAUCCAAUUUAUUCUCCUAUACCGGACAAAAGGCGAGUGAAGCAUGAAAGUUUAGAUGAUCUUCAAGCUUCAACGUAUUUUGGCCCUACUACUGUUCUUGGACCACAGGAAACCAAAAAGUGGACUGGAAAGCCAACCAAGCAAACUGCCUGGCCAGCUAAAAGCUGGAGUUUAAAUACUGAGGAGGUCCCUGACUUUGAACGCUCAUUUUUUAACAGGAAGCAGUCUGAAGAGAAACCACGAUACCAGAGUUCAAGCAACCCGUCUCCAAACUUUCCUUCAGUUGACAGGCAUCAGUCCUACCUAAAUGCAAAGGAUCAGCAACCAAUUAUGCAGGCAAACUAUGCUGUGAAACCCAACGGGCAUAAACCUAAGGAAAUUCCUUCCAUUCUAGAUGUGGAGAAACAUGAGCCAGUCAAAAAGUUUAAGGAUAAAAGCAUUAACUGUACUUCUGUCCAGAUCUUAAGCAUUGACAGGACCAUGAGUGUUGGGACACAAACGGAGCAGCAGGUUCUGGAGCACAAGAAAUGCAAGGAUUUGUGUGCAGCAGGCCAAGGCAAGUACGGCGAGCGGCACUCUCUGAAGCAGUCGGAUGACGACUCUGAAAUCGUGAGUGAUGACAUCAGUGACAUUUUCCGCUUUUUGGAUGACAUGAGUAUCAGCGGGUCCACGGGAGUGAUGCAGUCCUCAUGCUACAACAGCACUGGUUCCUUGUCUCAGGUGCAUAAAUCAGACUGUGAGAGCUCACCUGAGCACAAUUUGACUAAGAUCUCCAAUGGGAGUGCCUGUAACAAACUGGAGAAAGUGGUCAGGACAGAUGUCAGUAACACAGAUGAUGAACUGAAAACGAGUGUCUGCAAAUUAGUCUUGAGGAUUGGUGAAAUAGAGAAGAAACUGGAAUCUCUCUCAGGUGUCCGAGAGGAAAUCUCUCAAGUCCUGGGAAAAUUAAGCAAGCUGGAUCAAAAAAUCCAGCAGCCAGAGAAGGUCAGCGUGCAAAUAGAUCUCAACUCUUUGACAAGCGAUGCUGCGUCAGAUGAGAGCAACUCCCCGCAGAUAUUUCAGUGCCACAAUACUCCUCAUGGAGGCAAACUGGAGAAUAAUCCAGAGUGGUGCUGCUCAGAUGCCAGUGGAAGUAAUAGCGAGAGUCUUCGAGUAAAAGCCUUAAAAAAAAGUUUGUUUACUAGGAGAUCAUCAAGAUCACUAACAGAAGAAAACAGUGCAACCGAAUCCAAAAUAGCAAGUAUUUCAAACUCUCCCCGAGACUGGAGAGCUAUUACUUACACCAACCAAGUUGGCAUUACAGAGGAGGAGGUGAAAGAGAGAGAUGGAGGAGAAAAUAAGGACUGGCACAGGAAAUCUAAAGAGGCAGACAGGCAAUAUGAAAUCCCACAGCCACAUAGACUCUCUAAACAGCCAAAAGACGCUUUCUUGAUUGAACAAGUCUUUAGUCCUCAUCCCUACCCUGCAUCACUCAAGUCACACAUGAAAAGCAACCCCCUCUACACAGACAUGAGGCUGACAGAGCUGGCUGAAGUGAAACGUGCCCAGCCAUCAUGGACCAUAGAGGAAUACACGAGGAAUUCGGGGGAUAAAGGCAAGAUUGCAGCCUUGGAUCUACAAACUCAAGAAUCUUUAAACCCAAACAACUUAGAGUACUGGAUGGAAGACAUUUAUACUCCUGGCUACGAUUCCUUGUUGAAACGGAAAGAAGCUGAGUUCAGGAGAGCAAAGGUUUGCAAGAUCGCUGCCCUGAUCGCAGCGGCCGCUUGCACGGUUAUCCUGGUCAUUGUGGUUCCCAUUUGCACCAUGAAAUCCUGA